AUGCGCCCCGUGGUUGUGCUCAGCGGCAGUGAGACUGUGCGGCAGGCUCUUGUCAAGCAAGGGGAUGAUUUUGCUGGAAGACCUGACCUGUAUAGUUUUCGCUUCAUCAGUGAUGGCAAGAGUUUGGCUUUCAGCACAGACCAAGCAGGGGUGUGGAGAGCUCGCAGAAAGCUGGCCUACAGUGCCCUGCGUUCUUUCUCCACCUUGGAGGGCACAACUCCAGAGUACUCGUGCAUGUUGGAAGAACACGUCUGCAAAGAGGGACAUUACCUUAUCAAGCAGCUCAACUCUGUCAUGAAGAGAGAUGGUAGUUUUGAUCCUUUUCGCCACAUUGUGGUCUCUGUAGCUAAUGUUAUCUGUGGAAUGUGCUUUGGCCGGCGCUAUGAUCACGAUGACCAGGAACUGCUCAGCUUGGUGAAUCUCAGUGAUGAGUUUGGCCAGGUGGUUGGCAGUGGAAAUCCUGCAGACUUCAUCCCCAUCCUUCAGUAUAUUCCAAGUUCAACAAUGAAGAAGUUUCUGAGCAUAAAUGACAGAUUCACUAACUUUAUCCAAAAGAUUGUCACCGAACACUAUGCUACCUAUGAUAAGGACAACAUUCGGGACAUUACAGACUCCCUCAUUGAUCACUGUGAGGACCGGAAAUUAGACGAGAACUCAAAUAUACAGAUGUCUGAUGAAAAGAUUGUAAGCAUCGUCAAUGACCUGUUUGGAGCUGGUUUCGAUACAGUAUCCACUUUUGUGUCCUGGUCUGUGAUGUACAUGGUCACUUACCCAGAAAUACAGGACAAACUUCACAGAGAAAUAAAGGAUACAGUGGGACAGGACAGAUUCCCACGCUUGUCAGAUAAAGUAAACUUACCCUAUGUUGAAGCUUUCAUCCUGGAGGUGUUACGGCACUCGUCGUUCCUUCCCUUCACUAUCCCACAUUGCACAACUAAGAACACAUCUCUAAAUGGAUACUUCAUUCCCAAAGACACAUGUGUCUUUAUCAACCAGUGGCAGAUUAAUCAUGAUCCAAAUCUCUGGAACGAUCCUUCCACAUUCAACCCAGAACGUUUCCUGAACAGCGAGGGCACGGAAGUCAACAAGGUGGAUGGGGAGAAAGUCCUGGCUUUUGGUCUGGGUAAAAGGCGCUGCAUUGGGGAGGUCAUAGCAAGAAAUGAAGUUUUUCUCUUCCUGGCGAUUCUCAUCCAGAGCUUUCACUUCCAUAAACUUCCUGGAGAGAUCCUGGACAUGACCCCAGAAUAUGGACUGACAAUGAAACAUAAACGGUGUCACCUUCGAGCAACACUACGAGCAGAAGAAUAA